CUAUUUUCAGGACAAUACUUAGUAGAAGAAAUACUUCAAAGAAAUGAUCUAGAGCUUAGUUUUGUUUGGAACAGAACUUUGGAAGUAAUCAGGGGCAAAGUAGAGGAUCGUUAUAUUUUGGAAACUCUGUCAUCAUUUGCAGAAAGGGCUCCAGAUUUGAUUGUAGAAGUUGCACAUCCUUCAAUAACUGUGGAUUAUGGUGAAGUUUUCCUUGAUGUUGCUGAUUACAUGAUUGGUUCACCAACUGCCUUGGCAAACUUGGAUGUUGAAAACAAGCUGAGACAGAAGGCUUCCAAUGGUACUCAUGGCAUUUACAUACCAAGUGGAGCACUUUGGGGUGGCAAUGAUAUCAAGAAAAUGGCAGACAGGAAAACAUUAAAGGGACUGAAAGUGACCAUGAAGAAACAUCCAUCUUGUUAUAAACUGAAUGAACCUCUUAAGGCAAAGAAUGCACAAGUACACUCAGAACCUGUGGUCCUAUAUGAUGGACCUAUCCGUGAACUUUGUUCGCUAGCUCCAAAUAAUGUUAAUACAAUGGCAGCUGCAGCCCUUGCAGCUCACAAUCUGGGAUUUGAUAAAGCACAAGGAUGUAUUGUAGCUGAUCCAGGUCUCAAUGCCCAUAUUGUGGAGGUGGAUGUCUCUGGACCUGGAGAAGAACAAAACCAAUUCACAGUCAAGACAGUUCGUCAUAAUCCUGCAAAAUCAGGGGCCAUCACAGGGAGUGCAACAUAUGCAUCAUUUCUGAGUAGUAUGCUGGGAGCACACAGUCAAGGUCCAGGAGUGCAUCUUUGUUGACAUAUCUGUAAUAAAUGUAUGUUUUUGGUAAUAAAGUUGUAAAUUCUUUACGAAAAA